AUGGCCGUCCGCGCCGCGGCCCUGCUGGCCACCGCGGCCCUGGCCCUGGCCGCCGCCCCGCCCGACCCGUGCUACGAGGAGGAGCGCCCGCGCCGCUGCAUACCGGACUUCGUGAACGCCGCCUUCGGGGCCCCCGUGGCGGCGUCCUCCACGUGCGGCCGCCGCGGCCCCGAGAGCCUCUGCGACCCCCCCGGCGACCAGCCCCCGGACACGGCCUGCCACGUCUGCGAUGCGGCCAGAUCCGACAGACGCCACCCCCCAUCCCACCUGACCGACCUCAACAACCCCCACGACGUCACCUGCUGGCGCUCCGCCUCGCUGCCACCCGCCUCCUACGACUCGCCGCCCGACAACGUCUCGUUGACCCUCUCGCUCGGCAAGAAGUACGAGCUGACCUACGUGAGCCUCCAGUUCUGCCCGAGGGCCGCGCGGCCCGACUCCGUCGCGAUAUACAAGAGCGCCGACUACGGCGUCACCUGGCAGCCGUUCCAGUUCUACUCGAGCCAGUGCCGCCGCGUGUACGGCAGGCCGAACAAGGCGACCGUGACGGCAGCCAACGAGCAGGAGGCGAGAUGCUCCGACACGCACCGGCUCGCCGGCGAGGGCUCGGGCGCUUCCAGGCUUGCGUUCAGCACGCUUGAAGGUCGUCCGAGCGCGGCGAACUUCGACAUAUCGCCGGUGCUGCAGGACUGGGUGACCGCCACGGACGUGCGGGUGGUGUUCAACCGGCUGCACAUGGUGAACGAGGGCGAGGAAGUGGACGGGAGGAGGCAGGCGGCGGCGGGCACUCAGCACUACGCUGUGUCCGACUUCGCGGUGGGCGGCCGCUGCAAGUGUAAUGGACACGCGUCCCGCUGCGUGCCCGCCAAGCCCGAGGAGGGCUCCGGCCCAGGGGUGCAGCAGCUAGCAUGCGACUGCAAGCACAACACCGCCGGCCGCGACUGCGAGAGGUGCAAGCCGUUCCACUUCGACAGGCCCUGGGGACGUGCGACCGCUCGCGACGCCAACGAGUGCAAAGGUACCGGCUGCUUCCCCAUUAUUCAUUUGAUA